AUGGCUUCAUUCUCCUCCUCGUCAUCAAUCAGUUUAAUUAAACCAAUUAGAAAAAGACGUUUAAAUUCACCAAAUGAUCAUAUAAUGGUUCUUAUUAAAGAAUGGUAUAAUGAUGCAAAAGCAAAUGGUACUCAAACAAUUCAUUGUUAUAGAAAAGCAUUACGAUCAUUAGAAAAAUAUCCUCUUCGAUUAGAAACAGGCUCUGAUUGUCGAAUUUUAAAUGGAUUUGGUGAAAAAAUAUGUGAAAUGAUCGAUCAAAACUUAAAUAUUAAUAAAAAACCAAUAACACCAAAAAAAACAUUAUGUAAAACAGUAUCAAUGUCAAAUUUUGAUGAUAGAAAAAAACCUAAUACAAUUAUUAAUCUUAGUGAUAAUGAUGAAGAUAAAACUGCUUCACCACCCGCAAAACAGGCAAAAUUAAAUAAUGAAACUAAAAAAAUAAAGAAGACAUGUAGUGCUGGACCAAAACUAUUUAAUAAUCCAACAAAUAUGACAAUACAAUCAACAACUAUUUCAACACUUCUUGGUAUUAUUGAUUCACCUGUAAAAAAAAAUUUAAUUGAACCAAAAUCUGUACAAACAUUAAAAGCUGGUUCAUAUCAUAUAAUUCUUUGUAUUGAUAAUGCUGAAGCAUCAAGACCAACACAAAAAAUUCUUCUUGAAAAUUUAACAAAAAAUUCAAUUAAUUUUGAAGUACGAAAAUUAAAUCUUGGUGAUUUUCUUUGGACAGUUCGAUCUAAUGAUUCAGAUAUCAAAGUAGAAGCUAUUCUUGAUUAUAUUAUUGAACGUAAACGUUUAGAUGAUUUAUCGAAGAGUAUUAUUGAUGGAAGAUAUAAUGAACAAAAAUUUCGUCUUAAGCAAUGUGGUAUUACGAAUUUAAUUUAUUUAGUAGAAAGUAUAAAGAAUACAAAUGCUCCUGGAAUAUUAACACCAGCUGCACUUAAUCAAGCUAUUGUAAAUACUCAGGUAGCUGAAGAUUUUUUUGUUCGUGAAGUUUCUAAUCCAGUUGAAAUGGCCAAUUAUUUAGUAACAAUGACAAAACAUCUGAUUGCACAUUUUAAAGAUAAAACAUUACAUAUAUUAAGUGACACUGAUAUGAGUAAUAAUUAUAAAACAUCUUAUAAUGAUUCUGAACAUUAUGUUAUGACAUUUGAUUCAUUUAAUUCCGGUACUAUAAAAAGCAAACCGCCAACAGUGAAAGAAAUGUUUGCUCGUGCUCUUAUGCAAAUAGCUGGUAUGUCAGUAGAUAAUGUUUUAGCAUUGACUGAAGUUUAUCCAACACCAGCAAAACUUCUUGAAGCAUAUAAUCAAUGUUCAAAUGAAAAAGAACGUAAACUUAUGUUAUCAUCAAUUAAAAAAGUUACAAGCAAUCGAAAAUUAGGCAAAGUUUUAAGUACAGCUAUUGAAAUGCUGUUCAACAAUCUUUCUUAUCAAUAA